GGAUGCCAAGCUCAGCUGAAGGAUGGCUGCAAGAUGGAGACGCUGCGUAUGUGCGGCGACGACUACGUACCCUUCGGCAACAGAGUGAGCUACCCUGACUCUGGGCAGCCGUUCAAGGACAAGUGCGAGAUUGAAUUGCGGCAGAUUAAGUGCAGCUUAAAGUUUGCCGACGAGUGCCUGAAAGGUGUGCCGAAAACUGCUGCGUUUAUCACGCUGAACGCUGCCGAGGACUACACCGGUGCCGCGUGCACUGUCGGUACUGAAACAAAUGAAGAAUUCCGGAAAGUCAUCGGCUGUGUGAAUUCGGUUGGCACACAAGUAAACGCCUGCAUGAGAAGCUUGAAAAGAGAUUUGCAAAGGAGCAUUGUCAAGGCGCCUACCAAGGACGUCAUCUACCAUACCUGCUGCUCGUACGGCGACGCGGAAGGCUGCAUACACCAGGCCCUGACGCCCUGCAAUGGCGUUGGCGCCGAUGAAUACGUGAGCCGUCUACUCAGUGACGUGUUAGGCGGCACCCUGGAGCUCGUGUGUGGCAACUACACCGUGAAUUCCGAUGCCUGCAAGGCGCGACCCAAACUGCCACAACUUGGACCCGAUGACCGGACAUCCGAAAACUUCGUCGAACUGAUCAUCGGAGCGGCCAAUACGAUCGGCCGUAAGGACUAGCUCGCGCAGGCCACUUCCAUUCGCAUAGAUCUUUUA